GUCUUGGUCACGACGUGCAAUGCGCGGAUAAUGGUCAAAUCGGCUACGAUGUAUGGCGAGCGGCGACAGCUCAGAAGCCAUUUGAUCUAGUAUUCAUGGAUCUUGAAAUGUAAAUCAAUUCCGCCGUGUGGUAUAUGCUAAUUUCUAGGCCUGUUCUUGGCGGUCUCGAAGCGACCCGACUCAUUCGCAAAUAUGAGCAAGAAAGUAUCAACACCAAUAGAGUGAAGCGUACACCAAUUUGUGCAGUGACGGGUAAUGCUCGUGCUGAGUACCUGGACGCUGCGAUCGAGGCAGGCAUGAAUGAUCGCCUCACAAAGCCAUACACGCGAGAACGCAUCUCGAAUGUCCUCAUGGCAUUGACUGCUGAGCCUUAGCUUCAGCAUGUCCCAUCCUCUCUUUGCAUGUAUACAUCAUUAAUCAAUUCAGCCUCUUAUAUUCAUAGCACUUGUACAUUAGAUCAUUUGACCACAGGAUUCGUCAGAAGCUCUUUGUGAUUUGGCGAUUUCAGGGGAAGGUAGUGGGAGUAUAAGAUGACAUGUCAGCCAUAAAUCAUCAUUUG